CUCUCUAUCGAGAGGAAGCGAAACGAUCUGUUGGUAAAGGUGUCCUCCACAGAGCAACUCUCAGUGUCUCAGCGUCUACCCAGAGUGUCAAGAAGCUACUGCACGUCUCAGUCGCUGCUCAAAAGGCUGCUAUGAUGAGCCAGACCACACAGAUCCUCUGGCUACUUCUGCUCCCGUUCCUCAGUUUCACCGCUGGUUUUUACCCGAAAGCUAUUGAUGUAGAAAAGAUCAAACUAAGCAUCAAUGAAACUGGACAACAUUUGCUACUGUCAUGGAGCAACCCAGAGCCAAGUAUUAGACCAGAAUGCUACGACACCCACCUGCAGUACAUGAGCAGUUGCCAUGAGAACUGGACGGUAGCCUAUAAUAACAAAACAAAGAACUUCAGCUUAGCUGUAACACAGGGCAGAGGAAGAUACGGGUUUAAAGUGAGAAUGAGAUAUGGAAGCAGGGGAAGCAGCUGGAGUGCCUGGACACGAGAGAAGUGGACCCUUGAAGGGAAUUCAGUCCCAUGCGACAUGGGCCCUCCACAGGGCACAGCAUACUAUCCUGUCUUAUGGACUUUAAUUGCUGUGAUUCUCAUCCUACUUUUAUUCCUGUCAACACAAAAAUGGAUCAGGAAUUAUAUUCUUCAAAAUAUUCCAGACCCAAAGCAUGUACAGCAGAAUAUGUUGAACUUCAGUCAUUCAGCGUAGUGGGAAAACACUUCUCUUAAAGGGGAAUGUGUGGCCAUCGAGGUUGAAGAGGUUGUUAUCGACGAGGUAAACCAGGACGAAAAGAAAGAC